CUCCUUUCAUUUAUUGCAUUCCAUUUGAAUAUUCUAUAGUAAUUUGAUUCUUUUGCUUAUAUUUCUGCAUGGGUACCAGCUCCUUGUGGCUACUCCUUUGUUCAUCAAUAUACUCACAAUAUCGUCUUCGCCUCGCAUACCCUCUUACUUUCCUCCCCUAUUCCUCCUGUAGUGUGAGGCCGCUAUUUAAACACACAUGCCCAACGCUCCUAAACGAAAGGCCACAACCAAUGCCUCAACAGGCAGGGAAGGUAGCUCGGCAAACACCUUCAAGCGGAGUACCAGCAAUGUAGCCUUGGGGACGCGCGCUGACAGCAAACUGAGUCAGGUAA